AGCGGCGGCCCCGGGCCCGCUCGGAGCGCGGCGAGCGCCGGCACAGGUGCGGCGGGGCCGGGGCGUGUCGGGGAGCGGGGCCGGGCCCGCGGGCGGCAGCGGUGGGUGCCGGCCGGGCUGGCGGGGGUGACACGUCCGUGGAGUCCCUGUGCCAGCCCCGCGGUGCUGAGGGAAGUCUGCGCGGGGCUGUUCUCCCCCGCUUAGAGACGAGGCCGGGUCGCAAAGCCGAAGUUGGCGCCCCGGGAGUUGCGGGAGGUGCGGCGCAGCCCUCGCCCCUGGCCAGGGGUUCCCCCUGGAGCCGCGCUCAGCCCAGCCCUGCCCGGGAUGCGCCACGGCCGCCGCCCCCCAGGGAUGCCGGAGGGAAAGACAGAAUUCAUAUAGCCAAAAAUGUGCACAUAAUUAAGUAAAAUAAGAGUUUACUGCUAGAAAUGAAUGAUCAACAGGAAAAAGGAAGAUGUCAAGUUAAGAGGCUUCAACUCCUGUAACACCUAAACUAAAGAUGAGAGCCCUCCUGCCAGCAGCAGCCUGCUGCAAGCGGUAGCCGAGGCGGAGCAGCUGCCAGGGAGUGUUGGAAGAGCUUCUCCCCGUGUCUGCUUCGCUUCCCGCUGCAGCUCCCAUGGCCUGUGACGAGCCCGCUGCUCUCUCAGGCCUCUUCUCGCGCCAGAACUCCUCCAGCACCAGCUCUCUGGAAUUCGAGCCCGGCGCUGACUACAGGUUCGUGGAGAGCCUGGAGGAGCGCUACAAGUGCGCCUACUGCCACCGGGUCCUGCGCAACCCGCACCAGACGGGAUGCGGGCACCGCUUCUGCCAGCAGUGCAUUCUGGCACUGAGAGAGUUAAAUGCAGUACCCACCUGUCCUGUCGACAAAGAAACAAUAAAAAUGCAUGAGGUAUUCAAAGAUAACUGCUGUAAAAGAGAAGUUCUCAACUUGCAUGUGUUCUGCAAAAACUUUCCUGACUGCAAUUCCAAAGUAAUUCUGGGGCGAUAUCAGGAGCAUCUGCUGCAGUGUCUGUUUGAAAGCACGCAGUGCACUAAUGACGGAUGUCGGGAUCAAAUUCUUCGCAAAGACUUGAAAGAGCACUUGAGCCAGCACUGUAAAUUCCGAGAAGAGAGGUGCCAGUACUGUAACACGUAUGUGGUGUUAAUUAACAUAAAGAACCAUGAGAAAAAUGACUGUCCUGAUUAUCCUGUGCCUUGUCUCCAGAACUGUUCACAAAUAAUUCUGAAAAAAGAGAUUGAAAAGCACCAUGCUGUGUGUCCUGAGGCAGAAGUGGACUGUCCCUAUAAGCAGUACGGCUGUCAUGUAAAGGUUAAAAGAGGGAAACUUGCUGAACAUGAAAACAGUGCCCUGAGGGAACACAUGCUGCAGAUUUUAGACAAGAACUCCCGGUUGGAAGAACAGAUAUCUGACCUGUAUAAGAGUCUGGAAUGUAAAGAGAUUAAAAUCCAGCAGCUAGCAGAUGCCAUUAAGAAGUGUGAGAAAGAAUUCAGACAGUAUACACAAUUGUUUGGUAACAAUAGCAACUUGAUGGUAAGCACUCAGGCUCUGGCCAGUCACCUGGAUAAGUCUGCACGCCUGGAAUCACAAGUGAAACAGCUAAUACAGAUGGCAAACCAGCAGCAAAGUAAAUUAGACCUGCGGCCCCUGUUGGACACAAUUGAAAACGUGAAAGAGAAGAUUGCCCUGAUGGAGACGUACGACCAGCGCUUGGUUCUUUUGGAAGAUCAGUCCAGCAAACAUGAUCUCCAGAUCAAUAUUCACAAAGCACAGCUCAAUAAAAACGAAGAACGAUUUAAGCUUUUGGAAGGCACGUGCUACAAUGGGAAGUUAAUCUGGAAGAUCACGGACUACAAGAUGAAGAAGAAAGAGGCAGUGGAAGGCCGUGUGCUGUCCAUAGCCAGCCAGCCCUUCUACACCAGCCGCUGUGGGUACAGGCUGUGUGCGAGAGCCUACCUGAACGGGGACGGCUCGGGAAAGGGAACGCACAUCUCCCUCUACUUCGUGGUCAUGAGAGGCGAGUUUGACUCACUGCUGCUGUGGCCCUUCAAGCAGAAGGUUACACUUAUGCUUUUGGACCAAAGUGGGAAAAAAAAUCACAUUGUGGAAGUUUUUAGAGCUGACCCCAACAGCAGCAGUUUCAAAAGGCCGGAUGGAGAAAUGAAUAUUGCCUCCGGCUGUCCGCGCUUCGUGCCGCACGCCGUCCUAGAGAACACGAAGAACACCUACAUCAGAGAUGACACUCUCUUUUUGAAAGUGGUCGUGGAUCUAACUGAUCUGGAGGAAUUGUGAAAAGCAUGCUGGAUCAGUGUGACUGCUGUAAGCAUGAGGAACUGCUUUUGUGGUGAACACUAGCCAUGCAAUAGCAACUUGCCACCAAUCAAGCUACCGAGAAUGUUUCAUGGCUUUGGACUACAGGACAGAUAAUGAAUUGCCAAAGCAUCAGCCUUUCCUUUUCUACCCUUUUUUCCAAGACUGCAUUUUUAAGGCAGCUAGAAGUCCAGGUUGGUGCAAACAUGCAUUCGAUCCAGAUUGGCUCAGUCCAGGCUGGGGACAGUGCUUGGCUCCCACCACCAGACUGGCAUUUGGAGAUGAACCUCCUCCAGUAAAUUCCCUGGAGCCCAGGCAGGCCUGUGGGCUCUUCUCCCUCACACAGAAGUGAAGCCAUGCCCAAACAUGCAAAUGCAUUUCAUCUGUCUGCAAUGGAAACAUUUCAACAUUAGCAAAUUCGAAUCGAUGUGUCUUGAUCCCUCCAUCUCCUGGAUUUCUGAAGCAGAGAGAAUGGCUUCAGUUAGACAGGGAAAAUAUUUGCCAAGUAUCUUGCAUCUUUUUUGUUUGAAUUGUGUUUCUGCAGAAAGCCCAGAGGAAGGAGCCAAUGCCUCUUCCUUUUUUAGCCUGUUUUUUUAGCUGUACAGAGUACACCCAGGUCACAACAGCUUUCUUGUGUCCUUUCCAUUCCUGCCUAGUGCCUUGGGACUGGUUUCCAUUGGUGGUAAACAUCCACAGUCCCCAUCUGAAGCCAAAAGCUGCAGGUGCUUCUCACCUCUCAGGACAAGGCCAGAGGAGGGCACUCAGCCAGCCUGCCAGCUCCUGUUCUUUUGCUUCCACCUCUGUGCAAAAGAGAUGUUUUCUGGCCUUACCAGCUCUACAAAAGGCAGGAAGAGCUUGGGGAAAAGUGCAUGUAACGUGCACUUUUCCUCUCUCCUAGAAGUUUGGGGAAGAAGGGAAAAAAUGGAUUAGGGAGUGAGGUUGCUGUAAGAACUCAAUUUUCACAAUCAAUGGAGCAUUAGUGUUUGUUAAAGGAUGACACAGCUGCUGACUGUGAUGUCUGAAGGUCUUAAUUUUUAUUCCAAGUUCCUUCUAUACUUCAAGGGAAUGUGUGCAUUGUACAGGGUUUAUUGGAGAUGCAAUAAAGCCACCAAGAUCAGGCACUGAGGAACAAGCAACACAGAACAUAUGUGCCUUUUUAAAGCCCUUUGGGCGCCUGUAAGAGGGAUGUAAUUUUGCAUACUCAGUCAUUUUGUCACAACAAGUGGCAGAAUUUUGUGUCUCUCAUCUUUUACAGGCUAGGUAGGGAAACACCACGGCAUUACCUGUUGCUCCAAAGCUUAUCAAGAGACAUCAAGAAACUAAGCUGGUUUUAGAGUAAGAGUAAACUAGGCAGGAUAAAAAUCAAAACAGGGCACAGACUGAAAGGUGUAAGAUAGAAAAUUCAGAAGGGCAAAUGUGGCAAAAUGAAAAAUGCCCUUCCCAUGCUUGGUGUUGAUAACAAUCUAAAUAAUUCAAGGAUUAAAACCAAGAUGAAGGCAAAAUACUUUAUUUUGUAUCUGCAAUCUUAUUGCUAGACAUUUACUUUCCCACAUGGCUUUCAGGACAUAAUUCAGACACAUGCAUUUUCUAACUCAGGGGUGGAGGGGAAGAGACCUUAGUAAUCUGUACCUCAUGGUGGGUUAGUACAUGUGAAAUCUUUGUUUUGAUCUAGAAGUCCUUUAUGCUUUACAGUGUCAAGAUGUACUGAGCCACCAUAGGGACUUUCCAUGUUCCCGGGGACAGAUUGUGAGGAACAAAAUUUAUUCUUGUGUACCACCACCAUUGACUUCAAGAGUCAUUUCAGCAGAACAAACAGAUCAAAUUAGGCAUAACACUUGGUUACAGAAAGAGCAGGCUUGUUCUGGCAGUGGUGUGCCAUGUGACAUUAACUCUGAUUUCAUGUCGAUUAUUACUUUAACAUUUGUCAUGUAACUUUCAAAGUGACACAGUUUGCAUUAUAACCACUAAUAACUGAUGGGAAUGUACCAUCCCUGUGUCCUGGGGCUCUCCAGUACAUUGAGUGUUCAAUACAGAAAGUGAUAAAGAACUCUGAAAAGCAAGGGAGGCAAGAUGAAAAGGAUGUGUGUGGUCUGUGUCCUGGCAAAUUCCCAGCCCUUUCUGCCUCCACCACCCCAAAUGUAAAAUGGGGAUAAUAAUACUUGCAGAAGGGUUAGGGUAUUUAAAUGUUUGUGAAGAAGUUUGAGCAUGAAAAGAGCUAAGUAUUAUUAAAACUCCAUUUCUAAUUGUUAGAAUAGGUGAUGGCAUAGUGACGUGUGUAAGUGUUUAGUGUUUUCCUAGACAGAUUUUGGGAGCAUGUUUGGUUUUAGGCAGUUCCUACUGCAGUCUCUCCUUUACCUACUGGUUGGGUUUAGGUUUUUGCCAUGAAUAUUCCUUUUAAAAUUCUGAAGCACAAAUUCAUCCUGGGUGAUGGAAACAUCCCUUUUGAAAUACUGCCUGUUUUAUAAAGAAUUAGUUGAGAAAAUUAAUUUUUUUAAAGACAACCUUCUUUAAAUUGGUUCUUUUUAGUACAGAAAUUAAGAGAUUUAUGUUAAAAUUUUCAGUGACUUUUUUACUACUUGUAAGCAGGGUUUUAAAUUUCAUCCCAUUUCUAAUAAAGAAAAAAAAUGUUGUAUAGCAUGAAUUGUCAGGAAGAAUUUUGAUGUUGCAUGAAGAAUACCAAAAAAACUUUUCAAUAAUAUUGUACUGGGUAAGUAACCGAAAGAGCAUAGGUUAUUUCUACAUCAGCACACCGUAUGUUUCUAAUGUAUUUAUUGAUAGUUUGUAGUUGUUUGAAUAGCUCCUACUGCAAUCAAGGCAUUUUUCUAGCCGAAUGUCUUUACUGUGUAUAUAAACUAAUAUAAGAAUAAAUAAUUUUAUCAUCCUUCUGGAAGGACUGUGGCCUAUAUUCCUUUUGGCUGGAUUGAAGCAGACUUUUAAGGAUGUGGAUAAUUUGUUUUCACUAACUGAAAAACAAACAAACCAAUACGGCUUUAGAUUCGGAAUCACUGUGCUUCAGGGGUAUUUUGGUUUGCACUUGGAUACCGCCGAGCAGCCGCACAUGCAGGUUCAGUGACUCCUAAGCUAGAUCAGACGAAUAUCCUGGAGGUCUGAGGCUGCGCUGCGCUGACCAUUCGUGCUCGGGGCGGGUUCGGCCUCAGCAGGGGUUGGAUUUGUUUCUGCUCGCAGCCGGAACAGGAACUGUUCCACUCUCCCAUGACCACGCGUGCUCGGCAGCACGGCAUUUGCAGCGGGGAAGGGAACGGCGGCAGGGCAAAGCCCAGCGUGAGGGAAGGCGCUGUGGGCGCCGCGCUGCCGCCCGAGUGCCCGCGGUGCCGUGAGGGAGGGCAGGAAGCGGCGGGGCCGGGCCCGCCCUUCCGGGUGCCGGGCGAGGCCGGCGGAGCCGGGGCGGCCGCGGCCCCAGCGCCGAUAUGGAUAACAAGAAGGAGGAAAAAAACAGGACUCUGUGUGCAACCUCGGAGGAAGGGCUGAAGGCCCGAGG